GCCCUGAAGCGCGGAGGUUCGGGUUCGCGUCAGGGAGCCGUGUCAUUGGCUGAGAGGCGGAGCUUCGCUGCGAGGUUCAGCCAAUGACAAAAGCCUGCCCCGGUGCUGGGCGUGGCGCCAGCGUCAGCCAAUCGAAAGAGAAGUCUGGGUGUUCUCUUCCAGCCGUGCGCAUGCGUUGCGAAGAGGAAGUGGCAGGGAGAGUUUGCUCUACUGCAGGCAUGGAAGGCGCUGGAGUCGAAGGGUGGCCGUCUAUAGAAACCUUUGCAAAGGUGGCCGAAGCUGGCGUUUCCAGCUCCCAAUUCACUUCUCUUUGCGCUUGGCUUGUUUCGGAGCUCCGAGCCCUUUGCCCUUUAGAGGAGGACGUCAGUCCCGCUUGUGGUCCUGAAGAUGCGGAGACGUUCCAGAUCGAGAUGAGCGGCCUGCUUGGUGAACUGCGUUGCCCGUACCCCUCGCUGACGACGGGGGAUGUGACCACCAGGCUCCACACGCCAGAGAACUGUCUCCAACUUCUCUAUUUCUUGAGUUCUGAGCUUCUGGCAGCCCGGCUCCAAGCCCGGAAGAGACCCCCUUCGCCCGAGCGAGAGAAUCGGUCUCCGGAAGCCGUGCGGGAGCUGCAGAGCAUCUGCCGGGCCUUGGGAAUGCCAGAAGCGGAUCCGGCCUGCCCCGUGCCUCAGCUCCUGGCCGACAUAAAAGCCAAGAUUUCGGAAUCGCUUUCCUUUAUGCCUCCAGAGCAGAUGGCGCCGCUCCUGAAAACGCCGCUGACUUCUGAGGAAUGGAAAGCACUAGAGAAGAUCCACGGAGCGUUGCGGACGGAGUACCAGUGCCGCAAAUGCAUGAUAAUCACUCGUUUUGACGUCACAAUCGAGUCGUUCUACUGGUCCGAGAGAGCAAAGGAUCGCAGUGCGGCCAUGUUAAAGGCUUUCCAUCCCUUGCGGCAGUCUCUGCAGGGGGAUUCUCGGGUCAUGCUUGCGCAUUUGCUGGCAGCCAGAGACGACCUCUCGUGCAUCAUCAAGACCAGCAGCGGGACCUCCCGGGAAAAGACCAGCUGCGCCAUCAACAAGGUGCUGAUGUCCGGUAGCGUCCCAGACCGGGGUGGGCGUCCGAAUGAGAUCGAGCCCCCUAUGCCCAUGUGGGAGAAGAGGCGAGAGGGGGGAGGAGGGGACGACAGCCGCCAGCGCUGGGGCAAAAAGGGGAAGAAGAAGAAAAAAUAAAAACAGGAAUUGCAGCCCUCUUUCAAAUGG